CUGUUGAAUUUCUGAAAGAUUCGGGUGAGAUAUGACCAAUAUAGAUUUGAAGUUAGCUAACGGAUUACCGUAAUUUUGGUUCUGUUCAUAGAGUUGUGAACCAGAGUUUGAACGGAUAGAGUAUGAGGUAUGAUGAGACAAGAGCAUGUGCUCUUGUGGCCAUAUCUCAGCCAAUUGGCCACAUUUGACAAAGUUCGCUAUUUAUAGGUAUUUCAUGAUGCCCAUUUGAAGUAUGGAAUCAUAAUUCAAAAAUUCUAAAAACAGAUUUUUGUGACGUUAUCGGUUAAGAACUCUAUUAAGCCUUCCCGUUGAUUUUAGUUUUGAGUAUUCUUAAGAGUUGCGUUUUUAUGAGCUAUGUUCUAAUAAAAUGUGUGCAGCUGUUGUACUUAUGUAAGCAAUUUUAAUGACAUUGCAAAAUUUCAAUGUUGUUGUACCAUUUGAAUAGUAUUAGAAUGAUUAAGCGGAUGUAGUUGUAUUAUGCGUUUCAUUUCCGUAUCAUUAUCUCAAAUUGCCGUAAUUUCAAGCCCAUCAAGGUGAUCCAUUAUCUCAGUUGCUACUGAAUAUACUUUUCAUUUCAGUGUGCUUCAACCUGUCUGUUUAUCAACAAGACAAUAUUCAAUUCAUUGAUUUCGUUUCAAUCUUAUCUAAAGAGUUUGGCAGGAGUGACUGUGAAGUAUUCAAGGCCAUGUUUACCCGAUUGGCACGCAUGCUUCCUUAAAGGUAUAGAUAAAACUGUUUGUGUGUUGGAAGGAAAUUCCUCGCCUUUUGGAGAAAAAGAUAUCCCGUUAUGUAGUGUAUGCGUCAUGCGCACAACAACCAUUCAAGAAGACAAGCCCUUAAUUUGACACUAGACCAAGGCCUUUCUUGAAAUUUACUAACUAGGGGUAAUUGUCCUUCCAGCCCCGAUGAUGGGUUAACCCAAACUUCAAUUCUCUUAUCUUUGAUCCCCUCCUGCCCCCCUCUACGAACUUCGUGCUAAAACUUGGAUACGGUUCGCAUCCAGCGUCGUUUGGUACCAGCAACCUCGUUCUGAAUCAUAACAUGGCGUCCUUUCCGCUUGUAAACAGAAGGAUAUAUUGUCACAGGUGUAGGUUGAGCAUGGACGCUAGCGAGAAGUGUUUCCGCAAGAAGUCAUUGAAGAUUUCUUUGGCUUUAUUUUCAAGGUAAAAUAAGUUUAGAUAUUUUAUUAAAUCUGCCAAGUUUUCAAAGUUAGACUGAAAUGUCAAAUCCAAAUCGCAAGCCAUCGCGGUUUGAUGACGGGACUGGCGAUUUGCCAGGCAGGUCUAAAAAUUCUUGGUUCAGGUCUAGAGAAGAGAUGGACAAAAGUAGAAAAGAUUUGCUUUUGCACAUUUUGAGCAGAAGUGGCGAAGAUAAUUGUUUUGAAGACGAGGAACGGGAUAUUAACAAGUGCCCUAAUCCCGAAGAUUUCUCAUGGAUCUGGGAUGAGAAGAAGAAAUCGGAUGAUGUUAUUAUUUGCAGUGGUGGGACAGAGGCCUAUUUUCACCCAGAUUACAGUUGUGGUACUGCUGCAGUUAGAGGAUCCCACACGUUGCUAAGUGGCUGGGAACACUACUGGGAAGUCAAAAUGGCCAGUGCAGUGUAUGGUACCGAUAUGAUGAUUGGAGUUGGAACUAAGGAGGUAGAAUUAGAUAAAUACAAGUCGCAAUUUUGCAGCAUGUUAGGACGCGAUUCAGAAAGCUGGGGCUUAUCCUACUUUGGUACUUUUCAAAAUGGCGGAAAGACAAGAGAUUACACUGAAAAGUUUGAAAGAGGAACAAUUAUAGGUAUACAUUUAGACAUGUGGAAAGGUACGUUAUCAUUUUUCAAGGAUGGCAGGCUGCUAGGGGUAGCUGCGGAGGGUCUUCAGGGUAAGCUGUACCCUAUCAUCGCAUCCACCGCAGCAAGAACAAGAAUGAAACUUGAAUGCAGCCAUAGUACAGUCUUCUCGUUGCAAUAUCUUUGUGUUAAGGAGGUAAGCAAAAACAUUCAGCAUACGCCAGAGGCUGUAGAACAGCUGCCACUCUCAUCUGGACUUAAGUCGUAUCUACAUCAUCAUCUACGUUGGAUUUCAUUUGUUAAUAACGCACCACAAACACCAGGGCCUAGGCGAAAAAAAUUGAGAACGACAUCUCGUUCAGACACUUGAAAUUAUUGUAGCAAUACCAUUAUUUAUGUUCAUGGAUUUCGGUGAUUCAAUUACCAAUGACCCACGAAGGCGGAGAGAGUUCAAAGGAGAAACGAUUCAGCGCUUGUGGGCGACAAAACUGCGUAAAAUUUUCAUUCAUUUACAAAAAAAGUAAUUCUCAAUUUGACUAAUAAACUGCAAGAAAAUUCCGAUCGUAUAAGGUGCACAAAUAUAUCUGUUCAGUAUGAGUGCAAGUAUCGUUAAAUAUCUCUCUUGCCACAGCAAAGGAUGCUGUAAAGAAAUUUUUAUCUUGGGGGCUGGGUAGGGGAAUUAGCGUCCCUAUUUUCUUGACUGGUCUUCUUUAUUUGGGUCUCAUUCUUACUUUUCCCUUGUAGACUUACCACGCUUCUGUUACCCCAGUCAUGCUUUUCGUGUUUUUGCGUUAGAGCCAAUGAAACUAUGGCCGUUGCCGUUUUAAACCUUUCUACCAGAUCUUUAUUAAGGAUACGAUGUUCAAUUACGUCUUCUAGGCUCAAAAACAGUUUUCAAACAACGGCGAAAAGCCAUAUAGUCACUUUGACUAAAUUUGGUUUCAUUUCAGUUACUUUAAAGUGUUUUUUAUUCAGCUGAUACAGUCACACAAGGUGUCCAGUUUAAUUGCGUUUCAUAGAUUCUUUUUGCUCCUCUCCAGGUCGAGUUCGACCUUUGUCUAGUCACAUUAUACUACGUAGAUUGAAAAAAUGAUUGUCUGGUGUAAACAUAGUAUUCUAUAGCCAUUGCAGAUUUUAUUAUUCUAUAUAAAAAAUUGACUGAUUCAGAGUACUUUAAGCCUCUGGUUUUAAGCCAAAAUUAAGGUGUAUCGGGAACAUGAUAAGAUGGGUGCCCUUCGGCGAGUAACUAGAAGCUUCUGAUGACAUCAUAAACAAACCUUGGCCAUGAGUACCGUAAAACAAUAGAGAACAUUGUAAUUGCAGGAAAAGUUCUGCUUUAUAUGAAAUUAUUUGAAUAAAAUUAGCUAUUAUUUUGCCCCAGCACAUAGGGCUACAAACAGCAUAAUAAAAUUAUACUAUGGUUUCUUAAGGUAUACUAUACUAAGUUUUACAAUAAUAUAAAAUUAUCCCACCAAGUCAUUUUUCAUCAUUCAAUGUUGUUCUUGCUUACCUUUUGAAUAGUAAUAACUGUGAAGCCCGACGAUAAAGCUACAGUCUUUUGGCCUACCUAGUCUUUUUUAAAAUUUACCACUAAACUAUCAUGCUAUUUGCGACAGUCGCUGCACCAAUUAUCGAUAAUAGUACUUUUCUCGAAAACAUCUCGCGCAUGGAUUUUCUUAAAAACACUUUAAUGCCGUUGUGAGCUUAGUAUACAUAGAAUUUGCGUGUUAGCCUUUGCGUUGUGAGCUUAGUUUAAAUAGAAUUUGCGUUUAGAAUUUGUUAAAAAUAAGAUUUAUGCUAUAAAAAUAUUUUAACGUAACCACACAUGUAGAGUAGGGCUUGGUUAUUAAUUAUUAAAAUUUCACGUGGCGCAGCAAACGUAUUGAAGUUACGUUUGGAUUAAGGGGGAAUGGGGGGGGGGUGGGUGGGUGCUGAGUGGUAAAACUUCAUCUAAACUGAAAACUAGGUUUAUGUCUCGUACUGCCAUUGGAAAAGAGUUAACUACAAGAAAAAUUUGUCCGACCGAAGAAAAAUAGCUAAUAACACCAAGAAGUUGGAUUUUAUGGAUGCAAAUCAUUAAUUGAAAGCGCCAUUAGAUUUUGCUAGUCCACUAAACAUCGCCCCUUGCAAGAACCGUGUAGGUUUGUUUGUUCUUUAACUUCUAGCGUCUUGGGAGUAUCACACCUGAUACGUACCCCCAAAUACUCACUCCUGCCUCCUUAUACCCUCGUAUGUUCUCUUCAUUGGCAAGGCAAUUGUACAUUUUUAUUUACCAAGUCCGUACACACAUUAACUGAUCUAGAUAUUAUUUAUAUAUUAUUUAAGCUUUUUCUAAGACAAUAACACUUCACUGGUUUUACUAAAUUUUGUAAAGGAAUACCCAUUCACUGCCGUAGAGAUUGCAUGUAUAUGUAUAAUAAAGUGUUUUUGGCAUCUUCUAAAA